AUGCCACCCAGGCCGUUCAAUUUACUUAGAGUUUCUCAAUCGAAAUUUCGCCCAGCUACAGAGCUCUCACCAUUCCUUGUACCCUUCCUCUACACUCAACAACGUGGUGCUCACAUUCUUGCGAGCUUGGCAGAUAAUCCCGGUGCACUCCAUAAGAGGAUAAGAAGAGGACGUGGUCCAUCGUCAGGCAAGGGUAAAACCUCAGGAAGGGGUCACAAAGGUCAAAAGCAGCAUGGCAAGGUACCCCGAGGCUUCAAUGGAGGGCAAACGAAAGACGAGGUGGUCCAUGGCAAACGGGGAGAUCAUAAUUUCAGCAACUUCUCCGUGGACAUGAAGCCCCUCAACCUCUACAAGGUGCAAGAUUGGGUAGACCAAGGCCGCCUCGACCCAUCGAAGCCCAUUACAAUCAAAGAGCUCCUGCAAUCCCGCUGCAUCACGAACGUCAAAGACGGUGUUAAACUACUCGCAAAAGGCUCAGAGGAGCUGAAAGCCCCGCUCAACGUCGUCAUAUCACGAGCUUCCGCCCAAGCAAUAGCCGCUAUCGAGGCUGCUGGUGGUUCCGUAACAACUCGAUACUACACGCGCUUUGCCAUGCGCAGGAUCAUGCAAGGGAAGAUGGACCCUAUCAAUUCACUCCAAUCACAAAUCAAAGAGGGUGAAGAGAUGUCGAGAAAAUCUUUCUACAACCGUCUGCCAGAUCCUACGAGCAGGAAGGAUAUCGAGUACUACCGGGAUCCCGCGCAUAGGGGAUAUCUAAGCCAUCUGGUCCCGGAAGGGCAUGGGCCUAGUCUUUUCUUCAAGACGCCAGGCACUGGGAAGAUGGCUAUGCGAAAGACGUCGAAAUCAAGGGCAGUGGCGGGGGACAACAGAAUUUGGUAA